CCGAGAGUGCUUAUGGGUAAUGAAGUCUUUUAACGCCCUGUCUCUCUGACGGUGACUUGGCGAACAACUACAUAUCCCGCCUGUCCUCACAGCAGCGUGUUUUUCUGCGGGUGACGAUGAGGGUGAAAUUCACUCGGCUUCGUUUUACCAGUUAAAUCUAAUCUGUGGCUUUCAGUGCGUUGAAGAACGAUGCUGCUCAAAUAGCGGGCUUAACGGUUACGUAUGACGUCAAAACACAGCCAUUGUACGCCACGGUGCAUUUUGUCAACAUCCUUCGACAACUGCAGCUGACUGAACAGUUCGAGGUGUGUAAAGCAGUGAGUGAUGGAGUUUCCAGAAGAUUUCAACCAGCUUGAACUUCUUGACACACAUGGACAGCUGAUCCCCCGAGGGUCUGGCAGCAUGUGGACCGGAAGCAAGGAGGAUGAAGAGGAAGCAGAGGAGACGGAGCACAAUGAGGAGUGGUAUCUGAAAAAGGAGGAAGCUCUGAAAGAUGAACCAAAAGAGCUCAUUCUGUGGGCAGCCGAAAACAGUCGUCUUUCCACAGUCCGGAGUUUGUUAGCUGCUGAUCCUUUACUGGUGCACUGCUGGGAUGAAGAUGGUUACACUCCCCUGCACCGUGCAGCAUACAGCGGCCACGUUGAAAUUGUUUCCGCUCUGCUUGCCAGCGGCUCAAAGGUCAACCCUCGCACCAUUGAUGGCUGGACCCCCCUUCACAGCGCUUGUCGUUGGAGUCGCGUCUCUGUGGCGAGUUGUCUCCUGCAGCAUGGAGCCGAAUUGAACGCGCAGACCAACGGUGGGCUCACACCAUUACACCUCGCUGCUUCCUACACAAGCUUCUCAAAAACAGACUCGAGACGCACCUUAGAGCUGCUGCUCUCUCAGCGCCAUCUGAAGCCGGGGCUGCGCACCAGCAGUGGGGAGACUGCCACUGAAGUGGCCCGACGUAGUGGCCCCCAUCACUUUAUGUUUGAGAUGGUUGAAGACUGUGUGAAUGUGGUACCCAUCUCAUGAACAAAAAAAACCAGUCUGUCACAUUAGGUUUUUAAUCUGUUCUUGUCCGUGAAAGUACAUUUGGGUAUACAAAUGCAAGGUUAAUAUAUCACUAGGAAAAAAAAAAAAAAAUUUUAAUCUGUUACUCUGCCUACUAUAUAGACUGGGUCAUAUUUCAACAGAAUGGGAAUGUUUAAAAGACAAUGUGGAUGCCCUUGUAUUCUUGCUUCUGAAAUGGUGAAAUAGUCACAUUUCCUUUUGAACCAAUGUAAUAAAUGUGA